AAUAAUUGAACCAAUAAACAAAUCAUCUGACAAAACCGACCAUAUCAUUUUUGUUUGAAAUUUUAAAUUAAUGUUUUGGGUUAAUUAGACACAAGAUUUUCUUAAUUUAAGUCAAGUAAUUCAGAAAUUAUACACCUCAAACUUGGACUUAUAUGAUCCCGAGAUGCAAAUUAGUGAGCUAAUUGAUUCAAAUGACUUAUUUGACCUCGAAAAUAAAAGUUUUAGGUCUAAUUUAUCGAAAAAAACUAAAAUGUAUUUAUUUGACCCUUUAUUCGUUUUAAAUUGUAUAGAUUUGAAUUUGAAUGGAAUCCAAAAAUAUUUAAAGAUAUUCAAGUUAAUAAUGAACUUGCUUACGUGACGAGAGUAAAUUCCUUUUGUAACUCAAACACUGUAGUCUAAUCCGAUUUGCCAGAAAAUUUUGUUAUUUCUCUCUUAGCUCACCAAUUUUCGUAGGUUUUUGAAGAGUUGUAGAGCCAGAGGAAUAUUGAAGAAACCCUCAAUUCUAUAUUUGUGGAAGCAGAGUGUAGAAAACACGUAGCUUCUUACACCAUUCUUAUUUUUUAUUUGAUACCAUCUAAGCCUAAUGGGAGUAUCAAAUUCAUGCUUACCUUUUCUGCAUGGAAAUCGAGACAUUAUCAGCGCUUUGCCGGACGCGGUUCUCUGUCACAUUCUGUCAUUUCUUCCAACCGAAUCUGCAGUCAGAACAAGCAUUUUAUGUACAAGAUGGAGGCACACUUGGACCUCGGUUCCCGUAUUACAUUUCGACGACACCUCAGUCGCUCAUCCGCAAACUUCUGACCACCCAAAUGAACAAUUCUUUCUGCAAUCUGUAGACAGAGUACUACUUCUUCGUCGCGAUAAUAUCAAAACCUUACGCCUCCAACUAACUAGUUUUUCAGAUUGUGUUUCGCACCAUGUAUAUUUAUGGAUUGGCACGGCAAUAAUGAGAAAUGUUGAGGAGCUUGAUCUGGAUCAUAGCACAAUUGGGCUUCCCCAAAUUAUUUUUAGUUGCAAGACACUAAAGAUCUUGAAGCUUGGUGUCAGAAUUCGGUUUCAGAUAUUUGAAUCUGUGGACCUCCCGAGACUAGAGGUACUCCAUAUUAAAAAUUCUAGUGUUGCUAAUUUGGAGAAGAUGGUACUCGGGUCCCCGAUUCUUAAAGAAUUAGUGUUUUAUAGGGAGUAUUUUGACGAUGAUGCAGUCACCCUGUAUGUGGUGUCAUCUUCACUGAAACGUCUCACGAUUCACCAAAUUGAUUCACAGAGAGGAUUGGACGUUCGAAGCAUGGUUAUACGUGCCCCGGAACUUGACUUCUUCGAGCUAAAGGAUCAUUUUUCCGGAUAUUUUAGCGUGAUAAAUGUGUCGUCAUCCCCGUUUAGCGCAGCUAUUGAUGUUAGAGGUUCCUAUACAAAUCAUGUAUUAAGGCUUAUUAAAAGAAUCUCUAGUGUCACUGUUUUACGCUUAUCUGCAUAUAUGGUUGAGACUCUCUUCAAGUCAUGUGAUGAAACACUUCCGAAGUUUCAUUUUUUGACUCGAUUGGAGAUCGGAGCUUUCGGAGAUGGAUGGCUGAUGCUGCCAAAGAUACUCAAAUGUGCACCUAAGUUGGAAGUGUUAAUCCUCUAUAAGGAAAAGAAUAAAAUUCCUGACCGGACAAUCUUUAACGAGGAGGAAUCAGUGCCCAGUUGUUUGUUGUCAUCCCUGAAGAGUGUCCAACUUAAAAGAUUUAGAGGGAAUGCAGCAGAAAUGGAAGUCUUAAAAUAUUUCUUGAAGAAUGGACGUGUUUUGAAGAAAUUGGGAAUUUCGAUUUCUACUACUACGAAUUUUCGGAAACUAGUUAAAAUUCUCUGGAAGCUGAUUAUGUUUCCAAGGGGCUCAGGCACAUGCAGGAUCCUGUUAAAUCGAUCUUUUUAAUGGAGGCUGAGUACUUUCAUCAAGACAUUUUACAGAUUUUGAUGUUUCACUUGAUAAAAAUUCGAUUGAACUGUCAUUUUUUUUGCAAUUUGUUAAUAGAGAACUGCUCCUUCAUACAAUAAUUUUAUGCACUUCUGCAGCAAUCUUUAUUCUGUAAUCCUUGAUAUAUUAUCAAAUCAU